AAAAACUUAAAAUUAAGAAUUUCAUUAAAAAAUGUAGAUUUUUUUUUUCAACACAAAUUGCAUUUUUUUUUAUUGAAUAAUGAAAAUCGUACAAUGUGAGAAAUAAGGUAAAAUAAAAAGUACAUAAAAAGAAAUGAAACAAAAAUAAAAGCUACUCCCACGGGAAAUCUCUAGAUUGGGACCUAGUCCUCAUGCCGUGUCGCCUUUUGUUUUUUUGAGAUUUCUUGUAGAUCUUCAGUUGCGUGUUUAGAUUGUCUGUUGGCAGACAAUUUUCAGAGGUUACAAAAUUUGCUUUGCAACAGAUUGCGCUGUUGAAUUUGGAUUUCCUGAUUUCUUCGGGGUACGAAAUAGGAGGACGACGAUCGCUUUCGGUUGCAUGUCCUAGAAAGUCAUCUCUGUAGAAAGAGUCAUCAGAAUAAUCAGAGGCAUCUGAGUAUGCCUCGAUCUGUGGCAACUUAGGUUGUUUCUCUGAAGAUAAGACAAUUUGAUUUUCGUUGCAUUCUGAUUCUAUUCGAAGAUCACCCUGAAUCUGAAAAUUUAAGAUUAGUUUGGAGAUGGAUGUAGGAUCCUCUGAUUCAAUUCUGCUCCUCAUUUGGAAGAUGGAGUCAUCCUGCACAGAUUUUGGUAUCCCUACAAAAUUAGAGAAAAUAUUGAUAAAUUGCAUUAGACUAGAUUUUUGAGGUCUCAUAGGAAUCUUAAUGAAGCUCCCCUUGUAUUUGGCAAUUUUCACGUAGCAACCUGAUUUGUUUGUUUCUAAAGAAACUGUGAUAUCUCCAAAUCGCUUAUGCUGUUUAAAACUUGGUUGAUCCAAAUUUAUGAACUGAGAUAUGGACCAGAUAAUUCGGGGAGCGAGGUCAAGAUCUACUUCCAAUUUGAGCAACUGGGAUUUGUUAAUUUCGAAAAGCACCAAAUCGUUAAUUUUCACCGCGAAUCUGAAUAUUUUAGAUUCGAUGUUGACCGAGUCAAAUCCUUCCUCUCCAAAGAAAGAGAAAUUUUCAGAGGCAUCUUGCGCAUCCUCGAUUAUUUCAAUCGAUCGGUAUUAGUAAUAUCCAAAGCUUUGACAAUAAUUUGUUUCUCUCUUAGUGGUGAAACUUGGCCUGAGAUUGAAAUGCCACUGAGGUGUUUUUUGUCUGCAUCGAAACGAACUAUGUCUGCCCAUGUGAAUACCUGUGUGUUACCAGAGGUGUGCGUCUCCUCUACAUGUCUCUCAUCGAGUGGAGCCCCCGGUAUGGGAGAGAGUUUGUCGGCAGUGGGUCCAGAUUUCAAAAAGUGGGUGGGGGGGGGGGACUACCGGCUUGGAGUUCGCCGGUCUUCGAUUGCCGGAACCAGAACCUGAUGCUUUCUUCCCAACAUUGAAAUAUGUCUUCCCAUCGUCGCACUGUCGACGGUCUCUAGAGAUUCUCCGACCAUCGGUUAUGAAUCUUCUCCCAUGGUUGUUAUUGGUUUCUCUCGUGCGACGUUCACUGUUGAGGUUGGGCGAGAUUUCUGAUUCAAAAUCGAAUCCGAAGGGUUGCGCUGAGAUAGGAGUUUCAGAAUCGUCAAAUCCUAUGAGAUGAUACCGAUUAGUGGUGUCAGCAAUCCCGAUUUGAUCCGGGACUAAGUUCCGGUGCGUUGGGAGGCGUUGAUUGAGGAGAUGGGGGUGGCGCCGUCCCCUGUUGACCGUGCGCCAACCAUCCUCCGUGUCCCCUGUAAUAAGUGUGAAGGGUGAGUGAUGAGGGUGAGCCCUUUCCUGCAGUUGACGAGCAUCUCGUCGAUGUUCCAGAAGGAGUGGCCUUGUAUUCAGGUAGUUGCUGUGAUUUUGGCCUGUCUUUGGGUAUGUAGAAGAGGGACGCAGGGUGUGAUGUGCAUGGAGCCUCAGAUAAUCCCGUUUCUAAUUCCUGCUUGAACGAGCAAAUCUGGCACUACGCGAGUAACGAGACUCAAGAUGGUAAUAGCAAUUACCCGCUUUGGGUCUAUAUUCUCCAUUUCGCUGGUAGCUGCUAUCCAAAGACCUGGGAUACCUUGGUUUAUGAUAAUUGUUGUAGCUGGACCCGUCGGUGAAGCAGGGGCAAUUCCUUGAUGUAUGACAGUAGUUAUCCCCGAAAAAAUGUUGAUUGGCCCGGCGACAUGGGGGUUGCCGGAGUUCCAUAUGGCUGUAUCAAGAAUUGACUGAAUUUUUAGAGAGAUGAAGGAGAUUCUCUCUCUUCAUUAUUCUUCUCACAAAAGAUUCCAAAAUCGCUUGGAACCCUUAAAAAAUGUAGAUUAAACUGAUAUGAUGAAAAUUAGAGCAUUCAUGUAUAUGAGGUACAAAAAUG